UGACUGUGGAAAGGGGAGAGAGGAAGGAGAACUCGAAAUUUACAGCAAUAGAAAAAUGAAACCGAAAGUCUGGGAACUUCCACUGAAACGGAUCAUAGAGGGUGUGGUGCUGCAGUUUGACCACUGGUUGAAGAUUAGUGCCCAGAUCAAGACGUGUCUAAUAUGGUGUUGCAAUGAGAUGUUUAUCUUCGCGUAUAUUUUUGAAUAUUUGAAGGAGGGGCCAGCGACAUCAAUAUAAGGAGGUCGGUGUGACACAGUUAGUUCACAUCUUAUUUGGAGCAUCAGCGACUUCAGAAUCCACGGCGCCCGAGUUGAAGCCAGAAGCCGCUGCCUGCGAAAAUCAACGAUGGAAAACGGCGGAGACCUGUACCACACAGAUGUGAAGAAGCUGGACGAUUUCAUUAAAAGAAACUUGGAGCCCAGCGGGUUCAAUGACGGCAUGAAGGAAGCCGUGAAGAGAAUCUGCGAGUUUUUAAAGAACCAAUGUUUCAUGAAUCAACCCAACAUUAGUGUCAUCAGAGCCGUGAAGGGUGGAUCAUCGGGAAAAGGAACAGCUUUAAGAAAUAGUUCGGAUGCCGAUCUUGUCAUCUUUCUCAGUUGCUUCAAAAGUUUCCAGGACCAGAGAGACAACAGGCAGGAAGUCCUGGAGGAAAUUCAGAAAAUGCUGGAAAAAUGCUCUGGAAGCCUUGCAUAUGGGAUUCAUGAUAUUCAAAUCACGAAAGGUUCAAGCGAUAACCCACCCAAAUCUAUGAGCUUCACAUUGCAAUCGAAAAAGAGUUCAGAGAGUGUGGAAUUUGAUGUUCUGCCAACCUAUGAUGCAUUAACACCACAGUGCAAUUUCAGUGAUGCGCAUCUCAAUUUAAUCAAUUUUGUAAAUGAAAAUAAGGUCAUGGAUGGAGAAUUCUCUCCCUGCUUCACUGAACUUCAGAGAAAAUUUGUGAAACGGCAUCCGGGAAAAGUUAAAGACUUGAUUCGUCUGCUGAAAUAUUGGUACAAGGAGCAUGUCAAGCCACGGAAAUCGGAGUUGAGUGGUGGAGCACGGCUCCCUGCAAAAUAUGCGGUGGAGCUAUUGACAGUCUAUGCCUGGGAACAAGGUAAUCAUCAGGAGAAGUUUGAUACUGCCCAAGGGUUCUGUACAGUCCUGGACCUGAUCUGCCGCUAUCAGGAAGUCUGCAUCUACUGGACAGAGUUCUAUGAUGUCAACAAUCCAACCUUGGCCGACUUUUUAAUCAAGAAGCUCCAUGACAAGGGAACAUACAUUCUUGACCCAGCCGAUCCAACUGGAAACGUGGCUUCAUCAGGUGGUUGGAAUGUGAUGCAGGAUGAAGCCAGGAAAUGUCUAAGCAUGCCCUGUGUCAUGAACGUCCAAGCUUGGGAUGUCCAGCCAGUGAAGACAUUUGAAAUCGCUGUGACCCGCCUGGAUGGUAAAUCGUUACAACUAACGGCCAACAUUUAUCUCAAGGUCUCUGAGAUCAAACGCCACAUUCAGCAAAAUUGGACCAUUCCAGUCUCCCAGCAACGCCUGGUAUUCAAUGACACCAUUUUGGCUAAUGGCAAAACCUUGUUGGAUUCCAGGAUCUUCUUUGAUGCAACGAUCCAGCUAAUGCUAAACACAAUGGAAAUAUUUGUCAAUUCCAAAGGGCGUCAUCUGACAAUUCAGGUUUCACCAAGCGACAAGGUUUCAAGUUUAAAAAAUAAAAUUGAAUCUCUGGAGCGUAUCCAACCAAGCCAGUACUACUUGACCUUUCAAUCUCAGCCACUUGAAGAUGAACGUACACUGGAACAUUACGGCAUUAAGCAACAUUCCACCAUCCAAGUCAACAUGCGACUGCGUGGUGGCAGCGAACUCCAAUGUUUAAAUGCAGAGGAUCAUAACUGUUUAACCACGCAGUCGCAGGUUGACUUGGAUGGUGGAAUGUUGCUUAAUGCCGGUGGAUCAUCGGGGAAAGGAACAGAUUUAAGAAAUAGUUCGGAUGCCGAUCUUGUCGUCUUUCUCAGUUGCUUCAAAAGUUUCCAGGACCAGAGAGACAACAGGCAGGAAGUUCUGGAGGAAAUUCAGGAAAUGCUGGAAAAGUGGUCUGGAAGCCUUGCAUAUAAGAUUCAUGAUAUUCAAAUCACGAUAGGUUCAAGCAAUAACCCACCCAAAUCUUUGAGCUUCACAUUGCAAUCGAAAAAGAGUUCAGAGAGCGUGGAAUUUGAUGUUCUGCCAACCUAUGAUGCAUUAAAUGUGAAGAAGCUGGACGAUUUCAUUAAAAUAUACUUGGAGCCCAGCGGGUUCAAUGACGGCAUGAAGGAAGCCGUGAAGAGAAUCUGCGAGUUUUUAAAGAACCAAUGUUUCAUGAAGCAACCCAACAUUAGUGUCAUCAGAGCCGUGAAGGGUGGAUCGUCAGGGAAAGGAACAGCUUUAAGAAAUAGUUCGGAUGCCGACCUUGUCGUCUUCCUCAGUUCCUUCAAAAGUUUCCAGGACCAGAGAGCCAACAGGCAGGAAAUCCUGGAGGAAAUUCAGAAAAUGCUGGAAAAGUGCUCCAGAAGCCUUGCAUAUUCGAUUUAUGAUAUCAAAAUCAUGAUAAGUCUAAGCAAUGUCCCACCCAAAUCUUUGAGCUUCACAUUGCAAUCGAAAAAAAGUUCAGAGAGUGUGGAAUUUGAUGUUCUGCCAACCUAUGAUGCAUUAACACCACAGUGCAAUUUCAGUGAUGCGCAUCUCAAGUUAAUCAAUUUUGUAAAUGAAAAUAAGGUCAUGGAUGGAGAAUUCUCUCCCUGCUUCACUGAACUUCAGAGAGAAUUUGUGAAACGGCAUCCGGCAAAAGUUAAAGACUUGAUUCGUCUGCUGAAAUAUUGGUACAAGGAGUAUGUCAAGCCACGGAAAUCGGAGUUGAGUGGUGGAGCACGGCUCCCUGCAAAAUAUGCGGUGGAGCUAUUGACAGUCUAUGCCUGGGAACAAGGUAACCAUCAGGAGAGGUUUGAUACUGCCCAAGGGUUCCGCACAGUCCUGGACCUGAUCUGCCGCUAUCAGGAAGUCUGCAUCUACUGGACAGAGUUCUAUGAUGUCAACAAUCCAACCGUGGCCGACUUUUUAAUCAGGAAGCUCCAUGGCAAGGGAACACUCAUUCUUGACCCAGCCGAUCCAACUGGAAACGUGGCUUCACCAGGUAGUUGGAAUGUGAUGCAGCAUGAAGCCAGGAAAUGUCUAAGCAUGCCCUGUGUCAUGAACACCCCAGCUUGGGUUGUCCAGCCAGUGAAGACAUUUGAAAUCACUGUGACCAGCCUGGAUGGUAAAUCGUUACAACUAAAGGCCAACAUUAAUCUCAAGGUCUCUGAGAUCAAACGCAACAUUCAGCAAAAUUGGACCAUUCCAGUCUCCCAGCAACGCCUGGUAUUUAAUGGCACCAUUUUGGAUGAUGGCAAAACCUUGUUGGGUUCCAGGAUCUUCUUUGAUGCAACGAUCAAGCUACUCAUGCUAAACACAAUGGAUAUACUUGUCAAAUACAAUGAGCGUAAUCUGACAAUUCAGGUUUCACCAAGCGACAAGGUUUCAAGUUUAAAAAAUGAAAUUGAAUCUCGGACACACGUCCAACCAAGGCAGUACUACUUGACCUUUCAAUCUCAUCAACUUGAAGAUGAACGUACACUGCAAUCUUACGGCAUUAAGCAACAUUCCACCAUCCAAGUCAACCUGCGACUGCGUGGUGGCAACGAACUCCAAUGUUUUAAUGCAGAGGAUCAUAGUAGGAGGUUGACGAGAACAUGGAGAGAGACUUUUAAACCAGCCCUUCCAUCUAUCACCAUGGGAAAUGUUCGCUGUCUAACGAACAAAUUAGACGAAUUAGAAACCCUGGUCAGGUACCAGAAAGUGUACCGGGAGAGCAGCAUUGUUAGCCUGACAGAGACGUGGCUGACGGAACACACGCCCGAUUCUUUGAUCAGUUUCACCGGCUUCAGGUCGAUACGAGCGGACAGGGACACCGGAGCGAGCGAUGUCACACUCCUGAAUCGAAACUCAGGCAGAACACAAGUGAAUAGAAACCAACGGCGAUUAAAAACAAACUUCCCUGUUGGGCUCACUUCCACCAGGAAACAAAGCCUGUGCACAGUGAAGAAAAGAAUUAUGGAUUUGUAUCAAACACAAGCCCGCAAUCUGGACACAUUUAUUUGCUCACAGCUCCAACCUGAUGAUGAUUUUUUGAGACUAGCGGCUAAGACCAUUGACAAGAUUUGUACCUUCUUAAAGGAACAAUGUCCCUAUAAAAUCAGUAAAACCGUGAAGGGUGGCUCCCUUGGAAAAGGAACAGCUGUAAAAAAUGGCUCUGAUGCGGAUUUGGUUGUCUUUCUCAACUACUUCAAGUGUUUUGAUGACCAAAAGAAAAACCGGGCCGACAUUUUGAGCAACAUUCGUGAACUGUUGUUGAAAUAUGAGAAAAACAUUGGACAUCAGAUCAAAAUGUCACAGCCCAGAAUAAUUCCUGCUUUGUCUUCUCCUCGCUCGCUGAACCUCCUGUUUAAAUUGACAGAAUCGUCUGAUUUUGUUGAGGUCGAUGUUCUCCCUGCAUUUGAUGCCUUAGGUCCACCGCCAUGGACUGGCGUGAAGAAUCAGGUCUAUGAAGAUCUCAUUGCUACCGGAGAACGUGAGGGAGAAUUCUCAACAUGCUUCACCGAACUCCAGAGGGACUUUAUAAAGUUCCGACCCACUAAACUGAAAAGCCUUAUCCGACUUGUGAAGUAUUGGUAUACUGAGAAAGUCCGUCGCCCCUGCAAAGGCCAACUGAGAACCGGAGAGUAUUUACCACCGAAGUAUGCUCUCGAGCUGCUGAUCAUCUAUGCAUGGGAGAGCGCUGAGAAGGGGGUAAAUUUCAACACCGCGGAAGGAUUUCGCACCGUUCUGGAACUGAUUGUCCAGUACAAAGACCUUUGGAUAUUUUGGACCACAAACUACAACUUUGACUCUGACAGCAUUGGCAGAUUUCUGAAAAACAAACUUAAAGAACCUAAGCCAAUGAUCCUUGACCCCGCAGAUCCAACAAAUAACGUUGCUGCAGCAGCGAGAUGGGAUCUAGUGGCAGAAGAGGCCAAGAGAUGUUUACAGCAGAACUGUGUGCAGAAUGUCAACUCCUGGAAUGUUAAGCCAGUGAAGACAUUUAAAAUCACUGUGACCAGCCUGGGUGGUAAAUCGUUACAACUAAAGGCCAACAUUAAUCUCAAGGUCUCUGAGAUCAAAAGCAACAUUGAUCAAAAUUGGAAAAUUCCAGUCUCCGAGCAACGCCUGGUAUUCAAUGGCACCAUUUUGGCCGAUGGCAAAACCUUGUUGGGUUCCAGGAUCUUCUUUGAUGCAACGAUCAAGCUACUCAUGCUAAACACAAUGGAAAUAUUUGUCAAAUACAAUGACCGAAAUCUGACAAUUCAGGUUUCACCAAGCGACAAGGUUUCAAGUUUAAAAAAUGAAAUUGAAUCUCAGACACACGUCCAACCAAGGCAGUACAACUUGACCUUUCAAUCUAAGCCACUUGAAGAUGAACGUACACUGGAAUAUUACGGCAUUAAGCAACAUUCCACCAUCCAAGUCAACCUGCAACUGCGUGGUGGCAGCGAACUCCAAUACCGAGAGAAGGACGAGACGAGGCGAGAGAAGCCCGGAGAGAGCAUCGGCAGAGCGGCAGAGAGUCGCUGCCGACCCCGGCACCGAGCGCUCAAUGUCCCGCCGCUGCUCCGGACCAAGCCGCCAAAACAACCGCAGCCGCUCAAAGGUGGCUCCCUUGGAAAAGGAACAGCUGUAAAAAAUGGCUCUGAUGCGGAUAUGGUUGUCUUUCUCAACUACUUCAAGUGUUUUGAAGACCAAAAGAAAAACCGGGCCGACAUUUUGAGCAACAUUUGUGAACUGUUGUUGAAAUAUGAGAAAAACAUUGGACAUCAGAUCAAAAUGUCACAGCCCAGAAUAAUUCCUGCUUUGUCUUCUCCUCGCUCGCUGAACCUCCUGUUUAAAUCCACAGAAUCGUCUGAUUUUGUUGAGGUCGAUGUUCUCCCUGCAUUUGAUGCCUUAGGUCCACUGACAUCGACUGGCGUGAAGAAUCAGGUCUAUGAAGGUCUCAUUGCUACCGGAGAACGUGGGGGAGAAUUCUCAACAUGCUUCACCGAACUCCAGAGGGACUUUAUAAAGACACGACCCACUAAACUGAAAGGCCUUAUCCGACUUGUGAAGUAUUGGUAUACUGAGAAAGUCCGUCGCCCCUGCAAAGGCCAACUGAGACCCGGAGAGUAUUUACCACCGAAGUAUGCUCUCGAGCUGCUGAUCAUCUAUGCAUGGGAGAGCGCUGAGAAGGGUGUAAAUUUCAACACCGCGGAAGGAUUUCGCACCGUUCUGGAACUGAUUGUCCAGUACAAAGACCUUUGGAUAUUUUGGACCACAAACUACAACUUUGACUCUGACAGCAUUGGCAGAUUUCUGAAAAACAAACUUAAAGAACCUAAGCCAAUGAUCCUUGACCCCGCAGAUCCAACAGGAGGGGCCAGCGACCGCAAUAUAAGGAGGUCGGUGUAUUUGGAGCAUCAGAGACUUCAGAAUCCACGGCGCCCGAGUUGA